UUCCUUUGUUGUGGAUAUCGCCAGCAGCAAGGGAACAGCGCCAUCUCAUCCCAGUUCCUUGGCUUGGGGUGAGCGUAACGGUUGGCACGCGACAUCAUCAUACAAGACCAACGUAAACAGAACACAGUCGCCAAAUGUCAAGAUAAUUUGGUUAUGUCACACCAGUGAGCAAUACCAAUGAAUUAUGCUGGUUGACAGCAAACAAUUGUGGCUGUGGUGGUCAAUAUUACUGUUUGUGGGAGUAUACUCUACUCCCAUACUUAACUUUGAGUACCACAACUACAGUGCCCUGAGCCAGUAUUUGCAUAACAUGGCCACAGCAUAUCCAAACAUGACGCGUCUGUACUCCAUAGGAGAAACUUUGCGUAAGCAUAAACUAUGGGUACUAGAGUUAAGCACUGCCCCAAAAUCAAGUUUUGGCAUCCCCAGUGUGAAACUCAUUGCAAAUAUUCAUGGAAAUGAAGCAGCAGGAAGAGAGAUUCUCCUUCAUCUAAUUCAGUUCUUCGUGACAAACUACACCAAUGAUGAAACUGUUCACUGGCUACUGGAGAACACCAGGAUUCAUGUUUUGCCCAGUCUCAACCCAGAUGGCUUUGAGAUUUCUGUAGAAGGGAAAUGUGAAAUAGGCCCUGGCAGGGAAAAUGCCCGGUUUGUGGAUCUGAAUCGAAGUUUUCCGGACCACUUCCAAAGCAAUACAAAGCCACGGCAAUAUGAAACGCAAGCAAUAGAAGACUGGUUAUCUAAUAACACCUUUGUGCUAUCAGCCAGCUUACAUGGAGGGGCACUUGUUGCUAAUUACCCAUAUGAGAAUGUUAUGGAGAACACCUGGGAUGCAGCCUACCGUCUCUUAAAUACGUCUGAGCUCAGCAACAAGAUGUCUCCUUGGAGUCACCUUCCUCCUGCAGAUAUGAGGGAGCCAUAUCCACCAUCAAUAUCACCAGACGAUGAUGUAUUUCAGCAUCUGGCAGUAGUAUAUGCUUCAACCCACCCAACAAUGCACUUCGGAUAUCCAUGUAAUAGAAUGGACAGGGAGUUUCAGGGUGGCAUAACUAAUGGAGCAGCCUGGUAUCCACUUACAGGUGGAAUGCAAGACUACAACUAUAUAUAUCACGGUUGUAUGGAGAUCACACUGGAGAUUUCUUGUUGUAAAUAUCCACUUACGCACGACUUGCCUACACUAUGGGACGACAACAGAGACGCAUUACUGAAAUAUAUAAGCCAAGCGCAUCAAGGUGUUCGAGGAGUUAUCCGAGACAACAACACACAUCAGCCUGUACUUACAUCAGGAUUAAAAAUUGAGGGACGAGACAGCUAUUUCCGAACAUCAUCUCGUGGGGAGUUCUGGAGGAUCCUACUCCCGGGCACAUACCAACUUCAGGUUCAAGCAACAGGAUAUGAGCCACAAACAAUUAAAUUCACAGUUCCCCAAAAGAGAUUGGAAAAACACUUAACUCCGACCUGGCUCGAUGUAAACAUGCCGCCAGUGGUACGAAAGGCAACGGUGGUAAGUGAUCAAGUUCUACUUCCCACAAAUCCACCUGAUGAAGCAUCAACGGUGCACUAUACAGCCACCCAGAAAAUGGCUAAUAAUGGUGGAUUAAAUUUCCUAGACAUCUUUCUGAUGAUGGUAUCUGGAUUCAUACCUUUUUUCCUUUAGUAUGCAUAAGCAAUUCACGGAGCAAAUAUAUAAAAAAAUCGGAGAAUGACGACGACUGCUCAACAGACAGCAUGUUAAUGAAGUAUGAGGAAAAAAACAAUGCCAAAAAUCAAAAUAUGAAAGUAUAUAAACAAUGAAAGACCAAGGAACCAAAAUUAUUAUUAUUAAUAUACAUGUGUAGGUCUAUAUCAAAACCAGAUGUGGUACUGAUGUAGAAUAAGUCAAGACAGUGCUGAAAAGCUUCCAAUAUUGCCAGUAAAUAUGCACAUUUUAAGUUACAGACAAUAAUUCACUUGUACAGAUCAGUGUCCUAAAUGUCAUGUGAUUCCGCUACUCCAACAAGUGAUAUGGCCAUGUCUUCCACACUGCUAAGAAGGAACGUUGAUGUAACAACCUACAUGUGAAGAAAAUAAUGAAAAUUUUGCAUGA